UGACAGAAAGCAAGAAAUAUUUUACCUAAUUGGUUCGGUUCGACUUUUGGUCCGGACACAGUUUUCAAUUUCCUAGAACCGUGAGUAACGCUUCGGUCAUUGGAUUUGUACAAAACCUAAUCGAUCCGGACUAUGUGCACCUCUAUUCAAUAGCAUUACCAUCAAAGUAAUCUUAACUUAUUAAAUCAUUUAAUUGGUCCAAAUCAACACAACUGUACCUACUCUUUCUCCCUCUAACAACAACUUCGAACACUAAUUAUGUCCAGAACUAUUCGAUGCAUGUGUACUUAUGUGCAUCGAACGGUUCCGGAUGCAAUUGUGUCCGGAGUGGUGUUUUAAAGUUGUGUUGGUAGCUUUGCUCCCACAAUACUGCCUUACCAACAGAAAAAAACUAAUAUGUGCAUCGAACGGUUCCGGACACAGUUGUGUUUUGAAGUUGCGUUAGUAGCUUUGCUCUCAUGACUUACCAACAGAAAAAAACUGACAAUAACUACUACUAGUUGACAACCUAAUAAUUUAUUGGUCUUACAUUUGCAUUAUGCCGUUAACAGCUUACCUGAAUUGCGGUUUCUUUAUUAGCAAGUCCGUUAGACUUCCAUUGUUAAUAUUUUUGGGGACAUGGACUCUGGUGUUGCCUUGAAUCCCAGUACAUCUACUGAACUGGGUACUAAUCCCACUGCCAACCAGGCGAAACGCGAGCGACGGACAAAGGCGAUACUGGAGAGCUACUACGAAAAGCAAUGGAGAAAUUUGGCAAGAGAUUUCAAGGGAAGGUGGCGAUUGUUACGGCUUCGACUCAGGGCAUCGGCUUCAGCUUCGCCGAGCGGCUCGGCUCGGAAGGCGCCUCCGUCGUUGUCUCAUCUCGUCGACAGAAUAAUGUAGAUGAGGCAGUGGAGAAGCUUAGAGCAAGAGGAAUUGAAGUUUUGGGAGUGGUUUGUCACGUGUCCAAUGCUCAACAAAGGAAGAAUCUCAUAGAAACAACUGUCCAGAAAUAUGGAAAAAUAGACGUGAUUGUCUCAAAUGCUGCUGUCAAUCCGUCUGUUGAUGCCAUAUUGGAAACCAAAGAAGCUCUCCUCGACAAGCUAUGGGAAAUUAACGUUAAAGCUGCUAUACUUCUUCUACAAGAUGCAACUCCUAACUUGCAGAAGGGUUCAUCAGUUAUUUUUAUUUCUUCUGUUGCUGGCUACCAGCCCCUGGCCAUGUAUGGGGUUACCAAAACUGCUCUUCUUGGUCUCAAGGUCCUUGCAGCUGAAAUGGCUCCUGGUACACGCGUAAACUGUGUUGCUCCCGGUUCUGUCCCCACUUGCUUCGCUGAUUUCCUCACAACUAAUGAUGAAGCCAGGAUGGCCAUUGAAGAGAAGAUAAUACUGAACAGGCUUGGAACAACAGAAGACAUGGCUGCAGCUGCUACAUUUCUGGCUUCAGACGAUGCGUCUUACAUAACUGGAGAAACCUUAGUCAUUGCCACCUUAAAACCGGCAUCAGUCUGAGUUUAGUUCUUAAACCUCCCAGUGUGAAGAGGCUUGUUGGUGACAGAAAACUGGUGCAUGUAUACAACCUAAAGUGUAAGCCUAAGGAAACACUACCAGAACUAACAGCUUUUCGGAUAUCUUGUUUGUGACAGAAAGUCGGAAAUAUUUUACCCGAUAAGGGUGAGCUGUAAUAUCUAUGCACAUCUAAGGACUGGAUCCU